AAGUGUCAUGGCGGAGUCCACUGGCGCGCUGUGAAAAUAUUCUAAACUGAUCGAUUCUGUUGUAAUAGUUGAUUCUAAUUGACUCUACCAUACAAUCCAGUAAAAUGGCAUCUACUGCGGCAGGGAAACAGAGGAUACCGAAAGUAGCGAAGGUGAAAAACAAAGCUCCUGCAGAGGUACAAAUCACAGCUGAGCAGUUGCUCAGGGAGGCAAAAGAGAGGGAGCUCGAGCUUCUGCCACCGCCACCCAAGCAAAAGAUCACUGAUGAAGAGGAGUUGAACGAUUACAAGUUGAAGAAGAGGAAGGGAUUUGAAGACAACAUCAGAAAGAACCGUACUGUUAUCAGCAACUGGAUAAAAUACGCUCAAUGGGAGGAGAGCCUGAAAGAAGUCCAGAGGGCUCGCUCUAUUUACGAGCGUGCUCUGGAUGUAGACCACCGAAAUAUAGCUCUGUGGCUGAAGUAUGCCGAGAUGGAGAUGAAGAACCGGCAGGUAAACCACGCCCGCAACAUCUGGGACAGAGCCAUCACCAUCUUGCCCCGUGUCAACCAGUUCUGGUACAAGUACAGUUACAUGGAAGAGAUGCUGGGCAACAUCGCUGGCUGCAGACAGGUGUUUGAGCGCUGGACAGAGUGGGAACCAGAGGAACAAGCCUGGCACUCCUACAUCAACUUUGAGCUGCGCUACAAGGAAGUCGACAAGGCCCGCUCCAUCUAUGAGAGAUUUGUGAUUGUCCACCCCGAUGUGAAGAAUUGGAUUAAGUACGCCCGUUUUGAAGAGAAGCAUGGCUACAUCGCCCAUGGGAGGAAGGUGUUUGAAAGAUCAGUGGAGUUCUUUGGCGAGGAGCAUGUUAAUGAGAACCUUUUUGUGGCCUUCGCCAGAUUUGAAGAGAAACAGAAAGAGUUUGAGAGAGUUCGAGUCAUCUACAAAUACGCCCUGGACAGAAUUCCCAAGCAGCAGGCUCAGGAGCUCUUCAAGUUCUACACCGUGUUUGAGAAGAAGUUUGGAGACCGGAGGGGAAUCGAGGACGUCAUCGUCAGCAAGAGGAGAUUUCAGUAUGAAGAGGAAGUCAAGGCAAGCCCACACAAUUAUGACGCAUGGUUUGAUUACCUACGCCUGGUGGAGAGUGAUGCGGAUCCUGACACUGCCAGGGAGGUCUAUGAGAGAGCCAUCGCCAAUAUCCCUCCUAUACAGGAGAAGAGGCACUGGAGAAGAUACAUUUACCUGUGGAUAAACUACGCUCUAUAUGAAGAACUGGAGGUCAAGAACCCAGAGAGAACAAGGCAGGUGUACCUGGCAUGUCUGGAUCUCAUCCCUCACAAAAAGUUCACGUUUGCCAAGAUGUGGCUACUCUACGGACAGUUUGAAAUCCGCCAGAAGAACCUCCAAGCUGCUAGACGAGGCUUGGGCACAGCCAUUGGUAAAUGUCCAAAGAACAAGCUGUUUAAGGGCUACAUUGAACUGGAGCUGCAGCUCAGAGAGUUUGACCGAUGUAGGAAGCUUUAUGAGAAGUACCUGGAGUUUGCCUCCGAGAACUGCACCACCUGGAUCAAGUUCUCUGAGCUGGAGACCAUCCUGGGAGACACAGAGAGGGCCCGGGCCAUCUUCGAGCUGGCCAUCGGACAGCCACGACUGGACAUGCCAGAGGUGUUGUGGAAGUCCUACAUCGAUUUUGAAAUUGAGCAGGAAGAGUAUGACAAUACCAGAGGUCUCUACAAGAGAUUGUUGCAGCGCACACAGCACGUCAAGGUCUGGAUCAGCUAUGCCCAGUAUGAGCUGUCCAUUGAUAACUCUGACCGGCUGCAGAGGUGUAGGGGGAUCUUUGAGGAGGCCAACAAGGGCCUGAGGAGCUGUGAGGAGAAGGAGGAGCGUCUGAUGCUGCUGGAGUCUUGGAAGGAGUUUGAGCAGGAGUUUGGCUCAGACACGACCAGGGAAAGGGUUAAGAAACUGCUGCCGGAGAAGGUGAAGAAGAGGAGAAAGCUCACGGCAGAGGACGGAUCAGAUGCAGGGUGGGAGGAGUACUACGACUACAUCUUCCCUGAGGAUGCAGCCAACCAGCCCAACCUCAAGCUGCUCGCCAUGGCCAAGAUGUGGAAGAGGCAGCAACAAGAAGAAGAUGAUGAAGAGGAUGAAGAAGACGAUGAUGAGGACGAAAACAAUGGAGGAGUGGAUAGGGGUAGUGUCGAGAAAGUUGGGGGCAAAGAAAUGGAGGGAGAAGAAAACAGAAGAGAGAGAGGAAUAGACAAAGAAAUUACAGAAGACUUAGCAUCACCAUCAUCAGAAAAGCCUAUAGUCAGUGAGCCUGUGCCUGAAAAAGUCACCAAGGAGAGCACAUACGAUGACGGAGAUGAUUCUGAUGAAAGCAGUAGUGGAAGCAGCAGCAGCAGUAGUAGUAGUGACAGUGACAAUGAUGGUGGUGAGAAACAGCCCAGGAAGCGCAAUAAGGACUCAGUGAAAGAUUAGCUUGUCUGGGGGAAAAAAUGUUUUACUCAUUACAAAUAGGGACAAGUUGGGGACCUCAUUGGGUAAUUUCUAUUGCUUAAAAAAAAGUAUGAUUAUUUUUCCAUGUCUUUGUUUCAUUAAUUUACUGUGGUGCAAUGACAGUGUAAAUAAAAAAAACACUGAUCCAACUUUU